AUGUCCAACCUUACUCCCGAGGUCACGGUUUCCGCGGCCUACACGCCAGCCCAAACUGCCGAGCUCGUCUGCCGCAUCGGCGUCCAGAAGGGUCACUUGCGUCCCGAGAAGGUCUUCCUCUCUGCCAUCUCCGCAGGAUGUAUUCUUAGCUUCGGGUGUGCCGUCUCGUUGACGGCCAUGACGGCCCCAUGGUUCCAGGAGAAUGCCCCCGGUCUGAUCAAGCUGAUUGGCGCUUUUGUCUUCCCCCUGGGUUUGGUGGUUAUUGUGUUGACGGGUGCUGAUCUGUUUACCUCAACGAACAUGUUUACGGCUGUGGCUGUCCUUCACAGAAGACUUCCCGCUUGGAGAAUGUUGCUCCACUGGUUCCUCUGCUUCUUUGGAAACCUCCUCGGCUCGCUUUUCGUAAUGGCAAUUAUUGUUGGAUAUGGAGGAAUUUUCGAUGCUAAGAUCUACAAGGACGAAGUCAUUGCAUUCGCAACUAAGAAGCAACUAGACCCUCAAUGGCACCAGAUCUUCAUCCGCGCCAUUGGAUGCAACUGGCUUGUGUGCUUGGCCUGUUUCCUAGCUACUCAGGCCAAGGACAUGGUCUCCAAGAUCGCCGGCAUGUGGCUGCCCAUCUUCGCAUUCGUGGCUCUGGGGUUCGACCACGUCGUAGCCAACAUGUUCUUCAUGCCGCUCGGCAUCUGGAUGGGCACCCCCGGCUUGACCAUCGGACUGUACAUUUACAAGGGUAUGAUCCCUGCCCUUCUAGGGAACAUCAUUGGAGGCAGCCUGUUUUGCGGCGUUUACUUUUGGUGGAUGUACUUGGUCACAGAGUCCACCAUGGGUGCUGAUGAGGCAAGCCCGGGGAUCCUGGGCCGAGCAAAGGCGGUUACGUCAGAUGAAGAGAGCAAGAUCGAUCUGCCUUCCACCGUACAGCAGGCAUCAUCAUAA